UUCUGUACAGAAGUGUGUUGGUGCCUUGCUCUGUGUUGUUUGUUGGACUGCUCGCUCACUGAGAUGGCCGUUUAUCUCAGCUUUCUUCUCAUUCUCACUGGACUCACAGGAAUUCACAGCAUAACAACAGUCAGUAAAAUGUCAGUGAAAGCUGGAGAUUCGGUCACUAUCCCAUGUCUCUAUGACUCAAAAUACACAAACCAUGUGAAAUACUUGUGUAAAGGAUAUAGAUUUGAUUCCUGCUCUUAUGCAGUUAAAACAAACCAACAAAAUUCAGAAAAGUUUUCAAUCUCUGAUGACAAAGAGCAAAGAAUCUUCACUGUGACUAUAAAAGAUCUGAAGGAUGAGGACACUGAUUACUGGUGUGCUGUGGAGAUUAAAGGAGGGUCAGAUGUCAGAGAGUAUUUUCAACUGUUGGUCACCAAGAGAGAUACGCCUCGUCUCUAUGUGGAUCAUCAGGAGAUUACAGGAUUUAAUGGAGAAGAAGUAACCAUCAACUGUCAGCACAGGAACCGUAGAGAAAUUGCGUGGUGCAGGCUGGGCAGCUCCUGUGUGAUGACAUCGUCUGGAUCAAUAGAUGGAACAAGAGUGACCAUCAGUAUGAGUGUCCCCAAUGUUUUCACUGUGACUAUGAGUGGACUGAGGACAGAGAGCAGCGGCUGGUAUUGGUGCGUUAAAGGAGACUUACAGAUGCCAGUACAUGUAACUGUUACUGAGAGACCUACCACACUUGCAACAACAAGACAGUUAACCACCGUAUCACCCACUUCUACUCGCAUCCCUAUUACUGGAGACGGAACAACAGUUAAGAAUGGACAGGGCAGUGCUUCAAUUAUGCAAAUGAUCCUCAUCAUCAGUCUGAGUUUGCUGAUCUCCAUUGCAAUAGUGGCCGUGUUCGUCUGGUUUAUGUUGAAAAGGCACAAACGGACCAAAGUAGAAUCAUCAGCCACAACAACGGCUCAAGAGGAAGUAACAUACAGUGCUGUUAAGAAAAAGAGAAGAACUUCAGGCCGGGCUGAAGAGGAAGUAACAUACAGCAAUGUUACGCACAUGAGAAAAACUUCAGUUAAGAGAUCAGAAGCUAAGAGUGAUGUGGAUGUGAUGUACAGCUCUGUGGUUACUGUCAAACAGCAAUCUGUGCAAAGGGUUGAAGCAAAAGAUGAGGAUGUAACAUAUAGCAGGUUGGCCCAGCACCAGCAAAACCUGUAACCCCAUGUUAACCCUACAUCUUAUCUGCCUGUCUAUCACUGGACUCUUUUCUUAGAUGAUAGUGUUGCAAUGUGUUGCCAUCUGUUCUUUGGUUUUGCAACAACUUCUUACUUCUUUUUAAUUUUGAGGGUUUACACCUUCUCCUUUUUUUUAUUCUCCUCUGCAUAGCUGCAAAAUGUUUCACACAAGUGCUGAACUGGGCCUGGUUUCCCAAAAGCAUCUUAAAGCUAAGAUGUUUGCAAUAUCCAUCUUAUGUCCCUUCUUAAGCUGAAGAAGUGUUUCUCAAAAGCUUCGACAAAAGCAUUCCUCUCUUAGCAAUGAUCCUAUCGACUCAUAGGAGGUGAAAGAGCAUCUUAAGAUGCUUUUAUUGUUUUUGUUCAUUAUAGUCUGUACUAUAUUGAACAGUGAUGUUGUUUAAGUGACGUUUGAUGUAAAAUGAAGGAUAAUCUUUAAAAUAAAAAAUAAGAA